AUGACAGUUACAAGGAAGCGAAGGAAAUUUGUCAAAGAAGGCGAAGAACAGCCAGCUGAUGCCAAUGACGAUGAUUUCGGACAAAAAUACCACUGCGAUGUCUGUGAAAAGGACAUUAGCCCAGUAGUUAGGAUACGAUGUGCAGCUUGUCCCGACUAUGAUCUUUGUGUCGAGUGUUUUGCUUCGGGCAAAGAAACUGGCACUCACCAAAACGACCAUCCAUAUCGAGUUAUUCAAGUUCUCGACUUUCCUAUAUUCGACAAGGACUGGACGGCUGAGGAAGAACUCUUGCUUGUCGAAGGACUCGAGAUCUUUGGAAUGGGUAACUGGGAUCAAGUUUCUGAGCAUUUGGGAAACAAGUCUGCUCCUGAAUGCAAGGCACAUUAUAUCAAUACGUAUAUUGCAAAUCCCGAUUGGCCGAUGCCUGACAUGAACAAGGAAUUCGAUCCUGCUCAAAAGAAGAAGUGGAGUUGGAGUACUGCCAUUCCCAAGAAGGUCGCUCCUGGUCCAAAGAAUGCCCGUCCUUUGACUAGUGGCCCUACAAACCAUGAUAUAGCAGGAUAUAUGCCUGGUCGAUUCGAGUUUGAAACGGAAUAUGAGAAUGAGCAUGAACAGAAUGUCAAGGACAUGACUUUCGACGAAACAGACGAUCCACACGAAUCUGACUUGAAAGUGGCAGUCUUGGAUGCAUACAACACUAUACUCGAUCGCAGGCAGCUGAGGAGAAAGUUUAUAUUUGAUAGAGGGUUUCUCGAUUUCAGAAAGAUACAAAACCAGGAGAAAAAGAGAACUAAGGAUGAAAAGGAUUUGCUCCAAAAGAUCAGAGUAUAUGCAAAAAUGCAAACUGCGGAGGAUUUCGAUAAUUUUGUUGAGGGCUUGGCUGCUGAACAGAAAUUACGUGAUCGUAUACAGCUUCUUCAACGGUGGAGGCGUAUGGGUAUAACGUCGAUGAAAGAAGCGCAAGAUUAUGAACGUGAAAUGGAAAAGAGGUCCAAUCCAGCAACCAAGGGAUGGCCAGCAUAUCCAGCACCAGAUCGCAGCUCUAGUACAGGACGACAAACAGUUCGAACCAAGUUUGAUGAUUAUGUCACAACUCCCAUUGCUCGAGAUGCUACGCCGAAUGCGCCAUUACGAGCAAACUCAUUCGGUCCAGGCUCAUCAGCACCGCUAUCCGCAACUCCAUACGCAGUACCCACAACAUCAGGUCGUCCACCACCCGCAUCACUAGAUAUAACAACAGCAGAUGGUGUAGGUCUCUUAUCGCCCGCCGAGCAAUCCCUAUGCUCUGCACUACGUCUCGUCCCAAGAGCAUACCUGGUCAUUAAGGAAACAUUGUUGAAGGAACAACAGUCAAAGGGACAUUUGAAGAAACGGGCCGCGAGAGAGCUUGUUCGUAUUGAUGUCAACAAGACUGCCAAGAUUUAUGAUUUCUUUUAUGAGAUGGGAUGGGUGUCGCCAGAGCAGUAA